AUGGAGGGCGCAAAUCGACCUGCUGCGAUGGUUUCUAAAUGCGCAGUGGACUGUUAUCAUUAUAGCUCUGGAUGUGGACCUAGAUCGCCUUUCUACUUCAACGGUGGCGGUAUCAAACCAGACGAUCUUCUUCGGCGACUCAUGGAACUUCCUCAACAUAUCCGAGACCAAAUCUACGAAUUGGUAGUCAGGCACCCGUAUAACGCUCCGACCUGGUGGCUUGGCGCGGAUGGGAAUUUACGUGCACCCUGCCCUGAUGCUUAUACUUUACCAAAGCCCGACCACCUCAGCAUCCCAACACUAGAAAAUAAAGACGGACCCUGGUUGAAAUGGAGCAGUUCAUCGUUUUGCAUAGUCCAAACGUUUGUAGAACAGCUACAUAUGCUGAGCGCUGAAGGGAGUCAAAGUGCCUCGGAUUGUGUCGAAGACUUCGGAGAGUUUUUUGGUGAACGGACCAUCAUAGAGAUGAAUAGAUUUCGUGACUGGAUCUGCAAAUCCCGACUCCGUCGCACUGUCCGCAAGGAUCCUUGCUUGCAGCUGAGGAAUCUGGAGCCUCUUUUCAAGCACAUCAAGCACCUAUGUCUCGAAGUCAAGGUCCCGAAUCAGAGUGUCAAUAAGCCAGAUUCCGUAUCUUAUAAGAUCGUAACAGGCGCUGAAGACUUCACCCUCCGUUGUGAAAAGAUCCACAACAACAUCCCUACGUUGAAGUCCUUGGUUGUCUUCUGCCAGUUAACGACGCAAAAUCUGAAAAAAGCACUCAUUCUUCCAGAACAACAAUCUUGGAUUCAGGGAUGCAAAUUGAUUGCAGCAGAGAAGGUCAAUGUGCGACUUUAUAUUCUGGAUCGUUCAACUGAGGACGAUGAACCCAUGUCACGCAUUCUAAGUCCUGGCUACACUGAUCGCUCCGGAGAAAUUGAAAACCUUUGGAAGGACGAGGAAAGAUCAUUGGAGAACAUUCUGAGCCCAACUAGGAAUAUGCCACGCACAGGCGAUUUGUGGAUGAUUUGA